AUGGGAUGCGGAAGUUCCUCAACUGCGGUCCACCCGCUGACGAAGGGGAACGGAGACCAGGAUGAGACAGGUAGUAAACUCGGUUGCCGUGGCGACUCUGCUGUGUCAAAGGGCACCACAGACAGCGGUGUGGUGAUGGAGAACGGAAACGUCCCGAUGUUACCUGUGGCGGUGCCCGACAAACUCCCUCCUCUAACAUCUGAGAGCGUCAUUGACACUGCUGCUCCAGGUUUGCUGCAGGAGGAUGAUCUAGUACAGGGGCGGCUGAAGUCCAGCGAGAUCCUGGAGGAGCUGCUGAGUCAGGGCAUCAUCCCGGUGGGACAGAGCAGAGAGAGAGGCAGCGGGGCCGCCUACAGCAUCAUGUUGGAUGAUAACGGAGGUAACAUGCGAAGACCUCCUGCCAGACUGGAGUCUCUUAAGGCCCAAAAGGCUGAAAGUCUUCACAGCAGAGAGGAGUUUGAUGAGAAGAUGAGGCUGGUUGAGGAGAGACGUAAGUUAAAGGAAGAUGAGCGUACGAGACGUUUAAGGACCAGGUCUGCUCGCGUCCGUGGGCUCGCUCCCAUCUCCAGCCUCGAGGAGGAUAUAGACGCCUCCCUCACCCCCGUGGAGUCACUACAAUCACCUCCCAGUCUUGGCGUGACCCCGGCUUCUCCACUUCAGAUUCCCCGCGAGGACGCAGAGGGAGGAGAGAGGGUCAGAGAGGCCGGAGGUGACGGCAGGGAGGAGACGAGGAGGGGACGGUUAAAUGAGGGAGGAGAUAAUGAGCAAGGUAGAGAGGAUGGUGGCGUGGAGGAGAAAGAGGAGGUGACCCAUGUGGAGGAACUGAAGGCAGGUGAAUUCCUCCCAAACUCAAAAGAGCUGGAGAGUGAUUCUAGCUUUCAGCACCCACAGGAGGAGGAAACAUUAGUUUCCUCCAUAAAUGAGCCAUGAAUUAGCACUU